GACGCGCUGCCGCCGCCGCAGCCGGCGGGGCUCGGGAAUAGGCGGGCCCCGCGCGCGCCCUGCGGUCGCCAUGGCCGCCGAGGCGGCGAAGUGAGCUGCUCGGCGACCCCGCGCCGGGGCCGGGCUGCGCCCCCAGCGCCGCGGAGCCUGCGGCGCCCGGAGCCCUGGGCCAUGCGGCCGCCGCCGCCGACACUGCUGCCGCCGCUGCUCCUGCUGCUCAGCGGCUUCGGCGCUGCGGCGCCCCCCGCAGACUCCCUGGCCCAGCUGCCUACUCCUGGAAACCUGAAGGUUCAUCUGUACAACGCCCAGCAGGCGCUGAGCUGGGAGCCAGUGUCCCUGGACAGCGACCCGAGGCUGGUGGUCUACCAGGUGCAGUAUAAAUACAGCACCAGUAGUAACUGGUAUGACGUCAACAAAGAAGAUAGCAAGGUGGAUUGUACGAACCUCACCAGAACAGAGUGUGACUUUACCGCAAACAGCCUCUCGGAGGGGUUCCCACGGCGUUUCAACAUCUCUUUACGUGUUCGAGCUAAGCUGGGGGGCCUCGUUUCUGCCUGGGCAACAGCACCUUGGUUCGAACACUAUCGGAAUGCUACCAUUGGGCCUCCAGAAAACAUCCGGGUGACCCCAGAAGAAGGCUCGCUUAUCAUCAGGCUUUCUGCUCCCUUCGAUGUCCCUGCCUCCGAGGCCUAUUUUGUGUAUUAUGUCUACUACUGGGAGAAGGCAGGAGACAAGCAGGUGACAGACCCUUUCGAGAGUAACUUCAUCACAUUGAACGAUUUAAAACCCUUAAGGGUAUACUGUUUUCAAGUCCAGGCAAAACUGAUUUUGACCAAAGAAAACAUCUCUCGACCUGGACAUUUAAGCAAAAUAUCAUGCUCCAAAACAGCAGCAGAUGCCUCUGUCAAGCUUCAGCAAGACAUCCUCGCCGCCGUGACAACCUUUUUGGUGCUGUCAGUGGUGGUGGGGUCCUGUCUCUUCCUGGUUCUGAAAUACAGAGGCCUGGUUAAGCACUGGUUCCACUCUCCGCCAAGCAUUCCAUCACAGAUAGAAGAGUAUUUAAAGGACCCGGCUCAGCCCAUCUUAGACGCCCUGGACAAGGACAGCUCACCAAAGGAAGACACCUGGGACUCCGUGUCUGUUGUGACGUUUCCAGAGAAUGAGCAAGAAGGGACUCCCCAAAGUGCUUGGAACCAAAACACUGAGCCAAGCCACCAGCCCACGGAAGGAGUUCUCUGACCCAAGGAAGCUGCGACAGGCCUGUCAGGACUGGAUAGAGCCACUUGCUCCUUAGUCUCGUCACAAAAAGACCCUGGGGGUGCCUGGGAAGAAGUUAGUUGUGAGAGAGACAAACAUUUUUUUAACUAGUGAAAGUCGCUCAGUCGUGUCCAACUCUUGGCGACCCCAGGGACUAUAUAGGCCAUGGAAUUCUCUAGGCCAGAGUCCUGGAGUGGGUAGCCUUGCCCUUCUCCAGAGGAUCUUUCCAACCCAGGGCUUGAACCAGGGUCUCCCGCAUUGCAUGCAGAUUCUUUACCAGCGGAACCACAAGGCCUAAAUCCUGCAAGUUUCUAGACUGAUUCUGCAUACCAAAAAAAAAAAGGUUUUGCUUAAACACUAAAAAGGCAUGUAAUUAUUUGUUAGCAAACAGGCUGUGAUAUUUUGGACAUUGUUGCCUGGGCUGGGUGGUCAGGAGACGGGGUCUUCUCCUUGGUUCUGGCAAGGACCUCGGGCCCUUUGCACAGGUCACGGAACCUGUCCCAGCCUCUCCCAUCAAAGGACACUGAGUGGUCCUUGACACCCAGUCUCCUGGCUUAAAAUGUGAUUAAUCCUGCAAAUAGUUUUCUAGUAAUUUAAGGGACUUUCUUUUUUUCCAAACUAGAAGUAAAAGACUGUUUCACUAACUUUUUAUCAGCCUGGUGACCCAGUGGCUAAGACUCCAUGCUUCUGGUGCUGGAGAUGGCGGGUUUGACCCCUGGUCGGGGAACUACGAUCCUACAUUGUUGCACAGUGAGGCCAAAAACUGUAAAUAAAUGAAUAGACACUUGAGAGUCUGUGUGAA